UACUUGCAUUUGUCUAUUUCUUCAGUUUCUCUCCCACACCAUUCAUUUCUCUGUGUUUCGGUUUAUAAAAUCACACAUUAAAUUCUAUUUCGAAAAUAAGAACCCCUAAUAUCAUGGUCUCUCCCCUAAUCUCUCCUUUCCAUCCAAUCUAAAUAUUCUACAUUCUCAUCCCCAUUUCUUCUUCUUCUUCUUCUUCUUCUUCUUCUUCUUCUUCUUCUUUCUCGCUUUGUGUUUGUUCAAGUUUUGUCCUUCUUGAGUUCAGUAUUAUAGGAAGAGACAAAAUUUGGGUUUUAUUUUUUUUGUUUGUUUAUAGUUUUUUGCUUUUGUUUGUGGGAUAGAGAGAGUAAGAGAAGGGGCAGAGAAGCACAGAAAAGUAACAAAACAAAGAAGAAAUGGCUUCGAAUAUAGGGAUGAUGGAUAGUGCGUAUUUUGUUGGAAGGAAUGAGAUAUUGACGUGGAUCAACAAUAGGCUUCAGCUCAAUCUCACUCGCAUUGAAGAGGCUGCAUCUGGUGCUGUGCAGUGUCAGAUGAUGGAUAUGACUUAUCCAGGAGUUGUUCCGAUGCACAAGGUGAAUUUUGAUGCAAAAACAGAAUAUGAUAUGAUCCAAAAUUACAAGGUUCUGCAGGACGUAUUCAACAAAUUGAAAAUUGAAAAGCAUAUCGAAGUUAACAAGCUUGUUAAAAGCCGACCUUUGGACAACUUAGAGUUCUUACAAUGGUUGAAACGAUACUGUGAUUCUGUAAAUGGUGGCAUCAUGAAUGAGAACUAUAACCCUGUGGAACGGAGAAUUAAGGGUGGAAAGGACCGUAGCUCCAAGGGUAGUUUGAAGACUGCAAAAUCACUGCAAUCGAACAAUAUGCACAAUUCUGCCUCUGGCGACCCAUUUGGCCUGAGUAAAAUGUCUGGACCAAAGCAAGGGAGGGGAAGUGCUGUGAGAGGUGGAGCUAAUUCUUCAGCAGAGAUAGAGACUUUGUCCAAGGAGAUCGCUGACCUCAAGCUCUCUGUGGACCAAUUGGAAAAGGAAAGAGAUUUUUACUUUGCAAAAUUAAGGGAUAUAGAGUUACUUUGUCAAACUCCUGAAUUGGAGGAUCUACCAAUGGCUGUUGCAAUCAAGAAGAUAUUGUAUGCUGCUGAUGCUAAGGAAUCUGCACUUGAAGAAGCUCAGGAAUAUUUGUAUGAAGCGAUGAAUAAUGGGGAAGCUGAAGAUGAGGCCUGAAUUUUGAUUAGCAAUGUAUGAUGUUGCCUAGGAAAAGGGAUGACACUUUCAGGGCAUCUUGGUUGCAUUGAUCGCAGGAUACUUGUGAUCUUUCGUUGUGCUCUAGACUUUAAAACUUUUUGAAAAAGGUAAAUGUAGUCUUUCUGGAGGUUAUAACUAAUCUCUGAAUGAUAACAGCAGCAGCAGCUGCUGCUUUACUUUCUUUUGCAUAUAUUAUGAGGUUUUGUUGCUUUCCCAUGUAACCAGCACAUUGUUCACAUUGGUUUUAACAUCAAUUCCAGGGAUUACAGAUGCCAAA